ACUUUCAUUUUAACGUUUUUAUUGGGCGUUGCUCUGUUUGUUAUUAAUUGUUAUGAUUCACUCACCCGUGUUUUUAUUAAAGUUUCUUAUCUCUAAUGUUUAAAAAAUAAAUAAAUAAUGAUAAAGUGGACCACAUUUUUUAUAUUUGCGAUAAGCCUAACUUUAACAUCGAGUUUGGAGUGUUAUGUGUGCGAUAAUCAAGAGGAUAACGCCGAGAAGUGUUUGAAUACAAUUAAAACAUGCGAACAAGGUGAAGACUACUGUCUUUCGGAAAUAAGCUGGGGCAGUACGCCCUAUUGGACGUACGGUGCCGCAAAACAGUACUAUGUUUCGAAACGGUGCUCUACCAAAGAGAAGUGCUUGCGUUAUCGAGAUAGUGUAAUGCCCUUAUGCACGCACAUCUGGUACCAGGACUGGAAAUGUUCCGAAUGCUGUCGUGGUGACCGUUGCAAUUACUACAUCAUUUCUGGUAGCUCGAGAACUCUAUUGACCAUAUUUCCACUCUUCGUCUUGCUUUACUUCCUUUGAGAAUUCGUAAUCUACUCUUACGUAUCGUACAAUCCGUCCACAUUCGUGUGAUAUUUUUUAAUUUUUUAUAAUGACCACUGUAAAUAUAAAUUUUAUAUAGCAUGUUGUGACAUCUACAGUAUUGUCUACGAAAUAAAUAUAUUGAUUUUUA